AUGGAUCGUUUUCAUCUCCGGGCGAUCUUCUUCCUUCAACGUCUUGCAGUAAAUGCUGUGGUGCGAGCCGCUGUCAGACAACCAAGGCAGUCGAAGAAGAAGUCUUCGCGAGCGUUGUUCUUCGGCUCAGGCGGCUGUGGUUGUGCAGCUCCACCUACAUGUCCACCACCGCCAGUCUGUUCUCCAGCUCCACCUGUUUGUCCUCCCGCCCCUGUGUGUGAGCCAACAUACGCGAGCGCUCCUGCUCCGGUUGUCUAUGCGCCUCCUCCGCAACCAGUUUACGUACCGCAAGUUGCUCCCCCUCAACCCAACGUCUAUCCAGUCGGAAAGUCCAAAGUACAUGGAGUGAAAAACAUUGAUGACUCAACGGCCACUGCCAAACGAAAAAUCCAAGAAACUGCCACGGAUGAGCUUGGUGGAAGGAUUGAUGUCGUUUGCUCAACAGGAACAUUCUCGUACAUAGUGAAUACUGAGCUCUACUGUGAAACAGAGAAGGACGGCAUCACUUGUUUCGCUUUCCGACAAUCUUCCUAA